UCUAUGUUCUAUGUUCAAAUGUGAAGGUUUCUGUACUUUGUUGGAGUAGAGAAAGAGAGUCAGGGGCAUCGGCUGACUUUGACUUCCGGGAAAAGAUCUUAACCCGCCAAUGGCUUCCGUCUCGUGUUCCGGUUGGUUUUUCCACGGUGUACCAUGGAUCCAUGGAUGUCAAUGGUAUAGAUUUUAUUGUUUGCUCAAUAUUCCUACCUGUACACUCACAACUACACAACUCUGCCACGGACAGAUAUUUAUAGUCGGGCAUUUAAUCCACUGCAUACAUGACACAGGUGGAUAAGGCUGUCUCAUGUCGAUCCCUCUUAUUCCCCGUCCGCGCAGGACGUGGUGGACGACUGCGCUAACUGAGGACACAGGGCAGAUGCUAUUCUUAUGCAGCUCGGGCUGUGCAGCAUCGCUCUGUACUCCAACCGAUGCGCAGACCAGUUUCUCUGGCGAGUAAUUUGUAAACACAGGAUUCUUAUCCACUUCACUGCCACCAACCACCCCGGUGGGUCGCCAGCUUUCCCUUCUCCACAACCUGGAGACUUCGACUUUGACUCCAAGCAGUUAGACUUCGGAGUAGAGCAGGAAACUGGAAAAUAUCGCAAUGUCGGGCUCGGAAUCCGUCGACGUCAUGCUGGUUGUCACCUUGGAUUUAAUCUACGCCGGACAUCCGGAAUGCUGCCACGCAAGAUGAUUUUGAUCAGCUUCCCUGAACAGGACCCGAGCCUUGCGUCUCGAUGGCCUCCGACCACAUCGGAGAGAGGACAUCCAACGUCUGACUGCCUUGCCUCUUGGCGAAGUGUGCGCUGGAAGGAGGCGGAGGCUCAGGCCAGCGCUUGUGCUUAUGCUUGGCUUCGGGCCUCGUGGCCUGAGGCUGCCGCCAAGACUGUUUGGCCCGAUCGCAGAAGGGAGAAAAGACCAAGAAUCAAACGAUCAUCGAUCAAGUUGCACAUUUCGCCCCAUUCCACUUGUCGCACAGGGGUAUGCGACUUGACCUUUACCCUACAGAAAUUGCAAGAUCGACUAUGCGGCGCAAGUGCAUUCCGCCCCGCCCCAUUGACCAUGCAUCGCCAACAUCGACAUCGCUCGGAAUGUCGUUUAACACGAUGAACGGCUCCUUCAAACCUUGUAAGGCGCGCGGCCGACCCUGCUUCAUUUCAACCUGAAACCAGACAACAGCAUCUUCCCGGCAUAUCCCAGCACAGACUACGAGGUAUCACCCCGUAGAUGCCUCAGACAGUGGUACAGGUGUAACCGCCCGGGCAGACUCCCACGGGGAUUUCUCCAUGCGGAUCGGACGCGGUCGUGGAGAUACCCGAAUGAGCCAAUCCCCGCCAGAUCGACGUGGACUCUGCACUUUCAACGGCGCUCGGUUUGACGCCGUCUUCAGCUU